GAAGAGACGCGAGAGAGGUUCCCGCAGAUCCAACCAUCAGUCAUCGAAGCAGCCGUAUCGCUCCCGAGGAGUCGAGAGCCGUAGUAGGAUCCCGACACAGGACUCAAAAGCGAGCCACCCGGUGUCCUUAGAGAGCCACCUACGCUCCCUCGCCUUUUAUCUAGCUGGUGGGACACCUGCUCCCCCUCCUCCCUCCUCCUCCUCCUCCUCCUCCUCCUCCUCCAUCCACCGCCGCCUCCUGCUACGUCUUCCUGGCCAUCUCGGUUUCCUUCAGGAGUCCAGUGUGCUCUCUCGCUCGUCAUCGACAACACACGCCUCCUCCACCUCCUCCUCCGGCUGGCUGCUGCUGCUGUCUCACUCUGUCUGUCUGUCUGACUGUCUCCCUUCCGUCUCGUCUGCCCAUGCUGGAAACUUUGCCACUGUCAGUCUCCGUUUGACCGGAACGUCGCCUCCUCUUGUCCUCACACAUGAAGGCGCACCUACCCUUGAUGUCAAGAAUGCUUUCAGGUUUCUCGAUCUUGAACUCUAUUUAUUAAACACCCGUAGCCGCUUGACAGUUCCACGGACUUAGAUUUUAUCUGUCCACGCACACUGACACAACUGUCAGCGCCUCGUCCUGACAGUCUAUUCCUGAGUUGACUGUCUACUAUAGUAGACCUUUCGGACGCAACCGGGUACCAUCAUGGCUCUCCCGUCCUUCACGUUCCUCUUGGCCGCGGUGGUCCUCCUGCAGGUGUGCUGCCAAGGGGCCGUUGGAAGCACCUGCGAUCCUCAUGUCCUAACGGUGUACAAAGUGCUAGUUCAAACCUUCUGGAGCCGAGAUGUUUUCCCCAAACAGUAUCCCGAGUGGAGACCUCCUGCCCAGUGGUCUAAGGUUGUAGGGCGUUCCCACGACCCCUCGUUCCACCUGUUCCACGUGGGCGAGGUCGCCAGCGACGGGCUGAAGCAGUUCGCCGAGCUGAGCCAGACGGACAUAUUGGACGCCCAGAGUCAGGGCGAGGGCGGCGUGUUCGACGAAUUCAUAGCGCCCCCAGUCACCGAGGGCGUCGGAGAGACCCAGACGCAGUUCUUCGUCGAUGGGAAUCAUACUAAGGUGUCGAUGAUGUCGAGAGUGGUGCCUUCACCCGACUGGUUCAUCGGCGUCGAUUCGCUGGAACUCUGCGUCGAAGGGAACUGGAUCGACUCCGUCAUCUUGGAAGUAGACCCAAUGGACGCCGGGACUGAUAAUGGAUUCACCUUCACCUCGCCCAACUGGCCAACCGUCCCCAAGAAACCAGUGACUCGAAUCACGUCCCAGAGUCCCGAUCACCCGGCCAACUCCUUCUAUUACCCUGAUAGGGAUCAGCAUCCUCCUCUCGCUACAUUCCAUAUCGUUAAGGUGAAGGAAUACCAGCUGCGCCACACCUUCUCGGGAUCCUUCAACCAAGCGCCCUCCAAGAAAUACACGACGGACGCCAGGCACGCUGACGGUGGCGACUCGGGAGUCCUGCAGGACUUCGAAGUGAGUAAUAGCAUCCUUGAAACGAGCAGUGUUGUCACCACCCCAGCAGCCCCUACUACUAAGAAGAAGGGAGACCAGGCCAUCAUGAAUGAUGUCGUUGACAAAUUCAAGAAAUUUAGGAAAAACAGGCGAGGGAGGAAGACGGGUCGUCGCCGCUCUCGUGCGCCUCGUGACUGCCGUGUAAGCGAAUGGUCAGAAUGGUCUUCCUGCAGCAAAACUUGUGGCAUCGGCGAACAGAUUCGCACCCGCACUGUCGUCAGACACUCCAGACGAGGAGGGCGCCCUUGCCCGUCCCUGCAGGAGACCCAGUGGUGCGGUUCCUCCAAGGACUGCGACCACAAGUACUUUGAUUGGUAAAAAUGGGAACAGCGCGUGCAACUGGUGGAUCCCAGGGAGAGAGAGAGUGUGGUACAAGAAUGUGUAAAUUCUUCGAAUUCUCUGCCUCUGAAAUUGAAUGCAUUAUCGCUCUUUCAGUACAGAAUUACUUCUUUCGUUUCGGUAAUAUUUUUGGGUGGAAUGAAAGCCCGCGUCCAUCGCUCUGAGAGAAGAAACCUACUAGGUCUCCAGGAAUUGCUUUUCUGGUCAUGCUUUUAAUAGACCUAGUUUUGUAGGCAUUUUUAUCGACACCCAUGAUUCUACAAAAGAGCAGUAGUUUUUUGCCAAAAUUCUUACGAAGGAGAUGUUUAAACUAUUGCUUUCGCUUUCUUUAUACAAAAUUUGAGUGGAGAGUUCACUGAAGACUGAAAUUGAAUCGCAAUUUUUUUAUAUUAUUGGUCACGUUAUGAAUUGGCUUUUAAAGCUAAGCUCCAUGUUAACUUUUCGUUCGUGAUUCAGAACUAAUAGACCGAGCCCUGUCCGUUUGUGUACGUAUCUGGUUCCCAGUUUUAUUUGUGAUGUACAUUUUUUUCACACAGUGCCAAAUACGCCUGCUUCAUCAUAUUUAUAUCAACCAUAACUAUGCCUUGUGCUUUCAAAACAUAGUUGCCAGUAAUCCCCAUAAAGUAAUUGUAUUUUCCCCAUAUACUUCAAUAGUUUAUUGUACAUACAUACAUACAUACAUACAUACAUACAUACAUACAUACAUACAUACAUACAUACAUACAUACAUACAUACAUACAUACAUACACCGCAUCGUAUUACGUUAAUGUGAGUUGAUGUAAGUUCUAACUUUAAGAAGAAUCUUAGUAACCAAAGGAUGUAGAUUGUAUUUUGUUAUUUGAUGCGACAGUUUGAGCUUAUGGAUUCGAUAAAUGGACCGUGCAAACAUAGUAACGAGAAAUAGAGCCAUAAAAUGAUCACUUGAACAAAUUAUGAGUGAUAUAUAUGUCGAUUGCAAUACCCAUAUUCUUUGGAAGCUUGAAUCUCAUGUCAGUGACCCCGGUAAGGGCUUGUUCCAUACGAAUAGGGUUCAUCAUCUGAAUGAUAAUGAUAAUCACAAACACUAGAGCCAUUAGGUUAUGUAAGGAAAUGUGACGGAGAUAUUGUUUCAUAGCAAUGAAAGAUAUACAUAUAUAUGUAUAUAGAAUAUGAUCUGAUUACAUGGCUACGAGGCAAAGGAAACAAUUUAGCGUAAGAUCUUUCUACUUACGCUAAAGCGUUCUUAAGAAUGGGCCUAAAGAACGCUACUCUUUAGAGCUUGCCACUUGUACUUACAUUGAAAAGAGAAAAUGACAAAGACGACAAAUUUAAGAAAACGAUAACAAAAGUAAGAGUUAUUAAGCUCAUAUAGAACUGUUGCUGUCUACGGUUAGACUACAGUUAGGUACUAGACAAGGAUAAGAAAAUUAGAAGACUUUUAACAAGAAUUAGUGUUGUCUUUGUUCAGCUCUUUUUAAAUAUUUUCAGAGAUUGAUGUUAUUUUCAUUUUUUAACUGCACCAGUACAGAUUCUAAAAGGUUUCUAGAGACGAUAUCAUUAAAUCUUGCUUUUUUUCUAUUGUGGGACCAAUCAAUCUUAAGUGAGUUUCCUUCAAGUGUACAAAAAAAGAAAAAAAAAUCUUGCAACCAGUUCUUUCCUCGUGGCCAUAUACUCAGAUACUGUUUCCUACCCUCCCCCUACUCUGAAAUAUUGAAUUUUUAUACUAUCUUCCCUUUCUCUCAGAAAAUAAGGCUCUCACCUCUUUUGAGGUUUUGUCUUGCUCUUUCCUUUCCCAUUAUCUAAACUGAGGGGCAUCACUUGACCCUAUACGAAUAAUUUUUCAUUUGGAAAUAGAUAGCUCGUUUCACUCACCUUUUCGUGAAAUCGAAUAGAAUUGGUCUGAACAACCAUUCUGCCUUAUCUUAUGCACCAUAGAUUUUCGUCCCUUUUGUCGCAGGGUGGCUACUCUCUCUCUCUCUCUCUCUCUCUCUCUCUCUCUCUCUCUCUCUCUCUCUCUCUCUCUCUCUUCCUAUAUUUCGUUUCACUUUUUGAUGCUUCUUUCAAAUGAUCAACAUAACCCUUGGAAACUUAAAUUUCAAGGCAAUGACCCCUGUGAGCUUGUACCUUAUGAAUAGGUUUCAUGUUCUGAGUAAUAAUGACAAUAAUAGUAAAAAUUUCUAUCUAUCUAUCUAUCUUGUAGGCACUGUUUCGCCUUCUGUAUGUUGAGGUUAUCGGGAAUGUCCUUUUUUUUAUCUCUCUCUUAAGAUCAUUUCACGAUUACUCUGAGAUCAUACACUGAAAUCAUCAAUCCUCUAAUGACUCAUUUCCACACGUGUCCUUCCCUCUUCUGCCAAUACACUGAAUUCUUUUUUUUUUCUUUUUUUUCUCGAAGUCCAACGGUCUCCCUUUCUCUCCUUCCUUAGGUAUUACAGCCAUAUUGAUUUUUUCCCCUCCUACAUUCCGUCGCCUUGAUCUCUCUAUCUCUCUCACUCCUUCGAUAAAGAAGACCUUUUUCUUUCGGGGAAGAUCACGAAGUCGACUCGCCAUCCAGUUCCUUUUGGGCUAUGUCAGGUUUGUGAAUGGCUCUAGAUUUAUAAGUGCACUUUUACAAUGUACUCUACUGUAGCAGAUGUUACCCCCACUUACAGACAUUAUAUAUAUAUAUGCUUUGACAAAGAAGAACUUUAUUUUUUAGAAAUGCUUCCUUCGUCAGCCUUAGUCUUUUACGCAAAGGCCUGAAUUCCCCGUUUAGUUGAUACGUAUAAUUCCAAAUAUUAGAAAAUGUAUGAUGUUUAUUGGUACAAAUGAAAAUUGUAUUGGUUGUGUUAGAUUAGAUUUGUAGUGGUGACAGAUGACUGAUUUUAUUUCCAAUCAGUUGUCAAGCGUGAAACAGCUCAGAUAUUUUUAUAUGAAAAUUAAUAGGUGCAGAUAUCUGUACUGUGCACCAUGAACAGCCCUCGACUAAAUCAAGCUAUUAAAUGUAAAUAAAUUCAGUGCAAAAAAAAUAUUUGUAUAUCUGUAUGGUCGUUAGACCUAACUGUAAACUGGACUGGUUAUGAUUGAUAAUACUUCUGUAUAUAACAGAGAGUGUGAGAAACAGAAAUCACUUUUCAAAUGAUCGUAGAUGCUAUGCAUGUAGGUAUUCCUGACAAGAUUUUCUCUAAAUAAAAUAGGCCAGACCUAAUAUUUAUCUAAAUUAUUUCAGUUCAAUAAUCAGCUUAUCCAAGUGAUGUAGUUGGAUGCACUGUUGCUAAUCCACUCUAUUUGUUAAUCCAUAAUAUUGUAACAGUUUUUUUUUGUACAAAAUCGAAAUAAACUGUAAACGUAA